CGCCGUCGACCGCAAAUCUAAAGCGGCGCUUCUCGCGAGGCUUCCCUUCGUCUCUGCUCACCAAGACUCGACGCUCGCACAUCACCUGCUGCACAAUCGCUUCGAGAUGCGCAUCGCAUCCAAAAGGCUCCAAAAGGAGCUGGCCGAGCUCCGCUUGAAUGGCCCACCUGUCGGCACGGAGAUCAUCAAGGCGGAUGACCUUCAAACUUGGGUCUUUUCUGUAGAGGUACUUGGGGAGAGCGUUUAUAAAGGAGAGAAAUUUGCGCUGAGAUUUCGGUUCCCAGACGCUUACCCCAUGGAAAGCCCAGAAGUAGUCUUCUUGACCACAGAUGGCUGGUCAGCUCCUGCCCAUGGUCACAUCUACACUAACGGCCACAUCUGCGCCUCGAUUCUGGCCAACGAGUGGUCUCCAGUGCUGCACGCCACCAGUGUGCUCUUGACCAUUCAGUCCAUGCUCGCGUCGUCGAAGAAAAAGGAGCACCCACCCGAUAAUGAUCGAUACGUCAAGAAAGCCCCAAUCUCGCCCAAGGACACCCACUGGGCUUUUCACGACGAUGAUGUCUGACGCAGACUUAGAGACAGGCUCGUCCUCUGACACACAGUCUCCCUCUGGACGAUUGCUGGGCUAGCCUCGAGUCCUCCCGGAUGACCGCACAUCGCACGUGGGUGUGAAGCACGCUUUUGUUGACGCACGCUGCUUUCCGGGGCUGGGAAUUUGUCACGGAAGGCCUGGCGCACGACUCAAAAGUUGAAUCAGACGUCGCCAAGCCCCAAGUCCUUUCGCACCCUUCAUCACUGUACCAUUAGACUUCCUACACGUUACUCCCAUUUCUCCGAGACGACCCGAUGACCGAUCUUUUGACACGCGCCUUUCUCACAAAACGUCGAACCCUUGCAGC